AUGAAUCUAGAUUUUGAUGAAAAUUUUCAACAAAUUGUCAACGCACUGAAACUGAACGGAGCUCACCCUUAUAGCCCGAGGGAUUGGAAAUGGUUCAUUAAAUUUGUUAUCAUGCAAGGUGCAUAUGAAGCUAUGCUCUUUCUCCUAUUAUAUAAUAUAAAGGAAUAUGGCAUCAAGAAUAAAGACUUGAUAAGAUUUUGUGGAGAUUCCACACUUGUUCUAAUGAACCUUGUUAUAACGUUUAAGUAUGCAACUUUGCUGAAACACCAAGAUACUUUUCGUAAUUUAAUAGAACAUGUGAAAGCCGAUUACGAACACGCAAAAACGUUACCCGCUGAGGAAAUGGAAAUUGUGCUUGAAUACAAUCGCAAAGGACAAUUUGUUACAAAAUGGUGGUGUAGAACUGUUAACUGGGGCGUAAUGGUGUAUCCCCUCCAAGCUAUAGGCUUUACAAUAUAUUCCGCUAUAAAUGAUGACUUCUAUAUUGCUGAUUUAUAUCCCGCACAUUUCCCGAACCUGGAAGACCGGUCUCUACUACGAUUUGUUUUGGUAAAUUUUAUCAUGGGCUUUGGAAUGUUGUACACUUGCCUGAUGUACAAUAGCUUAGUGCCUCUGGGGCCUGUGCUCAUGCUGCAUGCGAGUGGACAACUAGCUUUAUUGGAAAGUCGUCUUAAGAAUCUAUUUCCCGAUCAAGGUUUCUCAGCUGAGGAAACAAAUAAAACAUUAAAGGAUAUCGCUAAGGAGUUAACAAUAAUUUACAGUUUUGUAGAGAAGAUACAGGAAGCAUUUCAAGCCUUGUAUGAUAUCACUCUAAAAGGAACAGCGUUCGUGUUGCCGCUGUUGGCUUACUCGAUCGUGCAGGCAAUGAGAAAUAAGCGAAUUCCGCCAGAAAAUCCUGUUCCAAUUUUCAUAGGCGCGAUACUGUUUGGUAGCUUUCCAUGUUACUACAGUGAUAAAUUGUUAGAACACAGUGAUAGCUUUAGAGAAGGGAUAUACUCCUGUGGUUGGGAGAAGCACUGGGACCGGUCCUCGCGUGUUGUUCUGCUGGUAAUCCUCACGCGCACUUCGCGUCUCAUGGUCAUACGGACCAUGUUCAGGGUAGUCUGCCUCGAUACUCUAGCCGACGUUUUUAAGGAGGCUUAUACCAUAUUCAAUUUAUUACUGACUAUUAUGUGA